AACGUAGCGUCGUGGUCAGAUUAUAUGACAGUCGGAGUUGAAACAGCAGAGCAAGGUGUUUAGGUCAGGCUUUUGUGUAUUUUCGAUUCUUUCCUGCAAUUAUUUGUGAAGCUUUCAUGAUAACAAUGAAAAAAGCGUUAUUGUUCGUAGCAGCCCUGUUCCUUUUAACAGGGCUAGCUAGUGCUGAAGGUUUGGUUGAGGAAGAUGUUGAAACCGUUGAGAACGAUUUGGGUGCAAGUCGUGAAGGAUCUCGAACAGAUGACCAAGUGAUACAGAGAGAAGAAGAAGCUAUAAAGUUAGAUGGAUUAAAUGUUGCACAAAUGAAAGAACUGAGGGACAAGGCUGAAAAAUUUGUGUUCCAAACUGAAGUUAAUCGUAUAAUGAAACUUAUUAUAAAUUCAUUGUACCGGAACAAAGACAUUUUCCUUAGAGAACUGAUAUCCAAUGCAUCUGACGCUCUGGAUAAGAUUAGGUUGCUGUCCCUAACAGAUAAAACUGUUCUAGAUAGUAAUCCUGAAUUAGCGAUUAGAAUAAAAUCAGAUAAAGAAAAUAAAAUAUUAAGUAUAACUGAUUCUGGUAUCGGUAUGAAUAAAAAUGACCUGAUUAAUAAUCUUGGAACAAUUGCAAAGUCUGGUACUGCUGAAUUCUUGGGCAAAAUGCAAGAGACAUCAAAUACUCAGGAUUUAAAUGAUAUGAUUGGUCAGUUUGGAGUAGGUUUUUAUUCCGCUUUCUUAGUCUCGAACACAGUAAUCGUUACAUCGAAGCAUAAUGACGAGAAACAGUAUAUCUGGCAAUCUGAUAGCUCUAGUUACAGUAUUGUAGAGGAUCCAAGAGGGGAUACGUUAAAGAGAGGAACAACAGUCAGCCUUCACCUAAAGGAUGAAGCAUUGGACUUCUUAGAGGAGGAUACAAUCAGAAAUUUAGUAAAGAAAUACUCACAAUUCAUUAAUUUCCCUAUAUAUCUGUGGAGCAGUAAAGUUAUUCAAGUUGAUGAAGAAGAAGAGGAAGAUGAAGAGAAACCAGUAAAGGAAGAUGAAAGUAAAAAGGAUGCACCUGAAGAUAAAGUACUAGAUGAAGAAGACGAUGCAAAGGUUGAGGAUGCUGAAGAAGAAAAGAAAACUAAGAAAGUUGAUAAAACUGUCUGGGAUUGGGAGUUGCUAAACGACUCUAAACCUAUAUGGACAUUGAAACCAUCAGAAGUUGAAGAGAAAGAUUACAAUGACUUCUACAAAGCAUUAACAAAAGAUACUCAAGAUCCAUUAGCAAAGAUUCAUUUUGUUGCAGAGGGUGAGGUCACCUUCAAAUCACUUCUUUUUAUUCCCAAAGUUCAACCUGGCGAUAGCUUCAACCGUUAUGGCACUAAAGCAGAUAACAUUAAGUUAUACGUUAGAAGAGUCUUCAUCACCGAUAAAUUCACUGACAUGAUGCCUAAUUACUUGUCUUUCAUUCGGGGUAUUGUUGACAGCGACGACCUACCUCUUAACGUUUCCCGAGAAAACUUGCAACAGCAUAAGCUUAUUAAAGUAAUUAAGAAGAAACUAAUUAGGAAAGUAUUAGAUAUGAUAAAGAAGAUUCCAAAAGAAGAAUACGAUAAGUUCUGGAAGGAAUACAGUACAAAUAUUAAAUUGGGCGUAAUUGAAGAUGCUCAGAACCGAGCCAGACUGUCCAAGCUUCUACUUUUCCAAUCUUCCACUCAGAAGAGUUCCACGACACUGACAGAUUAUGUCACUCGUAUGAAACCCAAUCAGCAGUACAUCUAUUAUAUUGCUGGCUCUUCAGAGAAAGAAGUAAAGAAAUCUCCAUUCGUUGAAAGAUUAGACAAAAAAGGUUAUGAAGUUUUAUAUUUAACAGAGGCUGUUGAUGAAUAUGCUAUUUCUGCCCUUCCCGAAUUCGACGGCAAGAAAUUCCAAAACGUGGCGAAGGAAGGCUUCUCCAUUGAUGAAAGUGACAAGGCCAAGGAAAGAAUGGAACAUUUAAAAACAACUUUCGAGCCGUUAGUGAAAUGGUUGAAUGAUAUCUUGAAGGAUCACAUUAGUAAAGCUCAAGUGUCUGAACGUUUAACAGACUCUCCCUGUGCUUUGGUUGCCAGUAUGUUCGGUUGGACUGGGAACAUGGAAAGACUUGCGAUUUCUAAUGCCCAUCAAAAGAGCGACGACCCACAGAAAACUUAUUACUUAAAUCAGAAGAAGACUCUGGAGAUUAACCCAAGACAUCCUCUCAUUAGAGAAUUGUUGCGACGCGUGGAAGUAGACACUGCUGAUGAGACAGCGAAAGAGAUUGCUUUGAUGAUGUUCAGAACAGCCACUCUUCGAUCUGGGUACAUGCUUACAGAAACUGCUAGUUUCGCACAUAGCGUGGAACAACUGAUGAGAAAGACCUUGGGAAUUUCUCUGGAUGAAGUACCGGAAGAAGAGGAAGCACAAGAAGAGGAAUCUGCUUCGACAGAAGCUGAGGGAGAAUCCGAAACAGAGACUAUAGAUAUAAAUAUGAGCGAAGAAGAGAAAGAAGAAGACGAUAAAAAGCACGAUGAGCUGUAAUUGAAAAUUGUAAUUUUAUAGCUGUAUAACUGUACAAUGUAUAGUGACACAGUAACCAAUAACGUUAUGCAACUAUUUUUGUUGCAAUGGAAAACGAACAGUUGUAAUUGUACAGAAAGAAAAGUGUUCUUUGAUAGUUCUUUGCAGCAUUUAAAGUGUUUUGUAAUGAUAUCAAUGCAAAGACAAAUCGAAGGGUAAAAUAUUCUGCAAAUUAAGUUCAUCAUCGUAAUAUAAUUAUAGUCCUAUAAGUUCUAUAUUUGGUAACGAAUUAUUGUUGUAAUUUAUUUCAUUUGAUCUUCCACCUUUUUAUAGUCACAUAAAAGGAUCACUGACUGAAUAAAAAUAAAUAUAGCAUGUUUGCGAUGCGAAUGAAUGUGUUUGUAUAAAAGGAUAUUAAAAACUUACUGGAGUAUCAUUAUCAUUAUCGUUUUGUACUUGACCGUUGCCGAUUAUUU